UGUUUCUGUCAUUCAUAAGCUGAUAUAAUUGAUUGAGUAUGACACGGUGGAUUACACAAAAGUUUUCAGCUAUAUUUCUUAUUAUUGUUAGGAAUGCGUGUUAUUGAAGUUGUGUUAUAGGGAAAGGAAUAAAAGAAAACUAACUGAGAUAAUGUGGAUUUCAGACUAUAAGUACAAAUGGCACGAAAUACUAGCCAUGAAAAUUAUGGGCUCCGGUGGUUAUAUACCACGACACAUUGCAUUUGUAAUGGACGGUAAUCGCCGAUAUGCAAAAUCUCAACAUUUGCGCAACAUAGAAGGACAUUCGCAUGGAUUUGAUAAGUUGUCAAAAUGUUUACGUUGGUGCUUGGAUAUAGGAAUAAAGGAAGUAACCGCUUUUGCAUUUAGCAUCGAAAACUUCAAAAGAUCUGAUGAAGAAGUGAAGGAUUUGUUGGAUUUGGCGAGAGAAAAAUUCCUAAAUAUAAUAAAUGAUGAAGCAAAAUUGAAUGAACAUGGAGUACGUAUAUUGGUAAUUGGAAAUUUCAAUUUGUUGCCUGAGGAUUUGCAGAAGUUAAUUGCAAAAGCUAUGACAAUUACCGAGCACAAUGAUAAACUAUUCCUUAAUAUAGCCUUCUCAUACACGUCGAGAGAUGAAAUGACACAGUCUGUUGAAACUAUACUUAAACUGGGGGACGAACUACAACCAGAAAAUAUCAACGAGCGCCUAAUUGAAGAAUGUCUGUAUACAAGACAUUCUCCACCACCAGAUUUGCUUUUUCGAACAUCGGGCGAAACGCGUAUAAGCGAUUUUAUGAUGUGGCAGCUUUCGACGACAGUUAUUUACUUCACAAAUAUUUUUUGGCCAGAAAUAACGCUUUGGAAUUUUCUAAGUGGUAUAUUUGCAUAUCAACGAGGAAGUAUACGUUUAGAAGCAUUUAAACGACAAAAACGACUGGAGCAUGCACAACAGGCAAAAAACUGCAAUUACUACUCUGACCGUGUACAACUUUUUUUGCGUACAGUAGAUAGUUACAGAAAAAGAGUACUUUUAAGUUUAUCUACAAGUAAUUAACUUUAUAGAAAUUGAUUACGAGUUCAAUGUUGAAAGUACUAUUAAAAAUAAAUACGCUAAUUCUAAA